CGACAUGACGUCAUAAGACUGCGCCGCGCUCCUGCAUCUGUUGUGAUUCUGAUGAAGAAAGAUGGCGUUUAUUAAAAAGGAGAGUGAAGACAUGAAGAUUGAUUUUAUUAAAGAGGAGAGUGAAGACAUGAAGAUUGAAGAAACAUUCAGAGUGAAACAUGAAGAUACUGAGGAACAAACAGAUCUUAUGGCACUGAAAGAGGCGAGUCAUGAACUUUAUGAAAAAGAAGAAGAGAAAAAACAUAAUUUCGUGACUGGAGAAAGAUCAACACAGGUUUCUUCGCAAAAAGAAGCUCAAAAGACAAAAACUAAAAGUUAUUUCACCUGCCAACAGUGUGGAAAGACUUUUGAUCAACAUAGAAACCUUCAAGUCCACUUGAGAGUUCACACUAGAGAGAGUCCCUUCACUUGCCAACAGUGUGGAAAGAGUUUCACACAAAAAAAACACCUUAAAGUUCACGUGAGAAUUCACACUGGAGAGAAACCUUUCACCUGCCAGCAAUGUGGACAGAGUUUCAGUCGAAAAGGACACCUUAUAGCUCAUAUGAGAGUUCACACUGGAGAGAAACCUUUCACCUGCCAACAAUGUGGACAGAGUUUCAGACAUAAAGAAACCCUUAAAGACCACAUGAGAAUUCACACUGGAGAGAAACCUUUCACCUGCCAACAGUGUGGAAAGAGUUUCACACAAAAAGGAAGCCUUAAAGGCCACAUGAGAAUUCAUACUGGAGAGAAACCUUUCACCUGCCAGCAAUGUGGACAGAGUUUCAGACAUAAAGGAAACCUUAUAGUCCACAUGAGAGUUCACACUGGAGAGAACCCAUUCACCUGCAAACAGUGUGGAAAGAGUUUCAGUCAAAAAGGAAGCCUUAUAGCCCACAUCAGAAUUCACAUUAGAGAGAACCCUUUCACUUGCAAACAGUGUGGAAAGAGUUUCAGUAGAAAAGGAAACGUUAUAGUCCACAUGAGAGUUCACACUGGAGAAAAGCCUUAUACCUGUCAAGAGUGUGGAAAGAGUUUCAGUCGAAAAGGAAGUCUUAUAACACAUGUGAGAAUUCACACUGGAGAGAGCCCAUUCACCUGCCAACAGUGUGGACAGAGUUUCAGUGAGAAAGGAAACCUUAUAGCCCACAUGAGCUCUCACACUAGAGAAAAGCCUUACACCUGCACUCUAUGCUGGAAUGGCUUCGCACGGGAUCGAAACCUCAGGCAACACAUGAGAAUUCACACUGGAGAGAAGCCAUUUACAUGUGAUCAGUGUGGAAAGAGUUUCAUUCGAAAAGGAAGCCUUAAAGUCCAUAUGAGCACUCACACUGGAGAAAAGCCUUACACCUGCACUCUGUGCGGGAACGGCUUCACAGGGGAACGAAGCCUUAGGGAACACAUGAAUAUUCACACCGGAGAGAAGCCAUUUACAUGUGAUCAGUGUGGAAAGAGUUUCAGAUUUAAAGGUAACCUUAAGGGCCACACGAUGAGUCACACUGGAGAAAAGCCUUACAUCUGCACUCUGUGCGGAAAUGGCUUCACACGGGAACAAAGCCUCAGGCAACACAUGAGAAUUCACACUGGAGAGAAGCCUUUUACAUGUGAUCAGUGUGGAAAGAGUUUCAGUCAAAAAGAAAGCCUUAAAGUCCACAUGAGCACUCACACUGGAGAAAAGCCUUACACCUGCACUCUGUGCGGGAAUGGCUUCACACGGGAACGAAGCCUUAGGGAACACAUGAAUAUUCACACUGGAGAGAAGCCAUUUACAUGUGAUAAGUGUGGAAAGAGUUUCAGAUUUAAAGGUAACUUUAAGGGCCACAUGAGGAUUCACUUGAAAUAGAACUCUUUUAGAAGUCGUCACUGUGGAAAGAGCAGAGGUGAAAAGAGUACCUGAAAACCAUACUUGAAUAAAAGUACAGAUACCUUACAGCAAAAAUUACUCCAUUGCAAGUUACAAGUCACCAAUUCUAAUACAACUUGAGUAAAGAUCUUGGAGUAUCUGACUUUAACAGUACGCAAGUUUUUUUACUCAUGCUGAAUUUAGGCUUGAAGAUGCACUAGUCCAGAAAUGCCAGUGAAAUUAAGAAAAAAUGUAUUUGAUUGAUGGAAAUCAUGUUUAUUUUCUAAAAUCAAAAUAAAAUUGAACAGCUCAAUAUUGCAAUAAAUCAAGGUCGACACAACAGCCUUAAUGUUAAAAGUGUAAAACUCCCGCUGUUCACAAAGCUUACGCUACGUCCUAUGCCUUUUUUAUAGGUUGUUUGCACAUGACGUCAUUGCAGGUGAAAUGCGUCUGGAGGGCAAGGAGUAAUUUUUCUAUAUAGGAAUCCUAUCACAAACUCAAAAUUCCUAUUGUUUUGCAUUGUUAUGGUUGCUUAAAUCCAUGAAACCGAGAAACCACAAUGAGCUUUUAUCAUUUACGUAACUUGUAUCGUUUUUUAACUUUAAAAGUCACCUUUUGUAGCGUUUUGCGUCUGCUGAUACUGAAAUGAAUAUGGAUACCUGCUUACCUUUUUUGUUUUUGACUUGGUUAAAUAUUCACAUUCUUCAUGGUAUCAUUUGCAGUGAAGAGAAGAUAUUUUAUCCCAUUGAAUGGUAAUUUGGUGUUUUCACUUAAGUUUUGUAGAAUUCCGUUCACAAUGUUUAUCUGGUUCCCAAAUGUAAUGUUAAUUAUUAAACCAAACAAAAUACACUUUCAAAAACAAUCAGCAGUGUGAUUAUUUUAUUGAGUAAUAGGGAGUGGGUUCAAUCAGUGACAUUAUUAGAUUUGAUAUACGCCGUCUCCCCGUCACCUCCUCAACCUGCUUCCUUUAGUGUUUUUACACGUAGAAAAGGUGAAAAUUGUAUUACACCGUCCAGUUUUUUCCCUGAUCGAUGAUGCGAGCUCCUGUUGCAAUUCUCGAUUCAGCAUAAAUGACCUACAAUGGUGACAUUUUUCACAAUCACAACAGAAAAUCAAAAUAAUGCCGUCACUGGUAGAAAGACAGCGCAAUAUAAACAAACCCAGACCUGAAUGCGUGGUGUGACGGCAGCUUCACGUUCUCUAUAUAUAUAUAUAUAUACCUCCUCGAUGGCAGUUAAGCCUUUCAAUUCAGUAGAAAAAUCGCUCCUCUUCAUAACAUAAGGUUCACGUCCAAAAUAUGUUGUAAGGUUUAUAAUGGUUGUGAAUGGUAACCCACAUUCUGAAGACAGAAAAAAUGCAUACAUCCAUAGGAGGACUAAGGAUAUUUUUAAAUAUAUCUCUGAUUGUGUUCAUCUGAAAGAAGAUUGUCAUAUAAACUUAGGAUGGCUUGAGGGUGAGUAAAUCAUGGGAUAAUUUUCAUUUUGGGGUGAACUAUCCCUUUAAGUGUCUUGCUCUAAGUGAAUUAAGGACUACAAUGAUGACAACUCAAAAUGGCCACCCUCAACCUCUGAAUCAGCUAAUAGUGAGCCUGCAAGGGUGAAGUCACAGCAGCAUGACACUAAUUAUUUAAUGUAAUUAUAAUAAAAUCAUUAAUGAAUUUAUGUUUAAAAAUUGCUUUGCAUUGUGCAAAAUUCUCAAAUUAGUAUUGAUGCUGAGGAAUCCUUUUCUAUGUCAUCUCAUUUACAGUUGGAUUGAUGAUGUGAACAUGAGUUUCAUCAAUGGCUCCAACAACUCCAGGAAAGCCCGAAAUCCUCAUAAAAAUAGCUUCCUUUUGCCAUGUUUUUGACGGUCAGUUUGAAAGACAACUACCAAACAGUAGUGGCCAAAAAUGUUUGGCUUAGGAAAAUUUACAUAUUCACCCUUUAUUCAAAUAUUAUUAAAAAUGUCUUAAAGGUUUUGUAAGCACAUUGCGUAGUUGUGCUUGGAGUCAAUUAUCUUACUUGUGUUUAAUUGUGUGACAUAAUUUUAGGCCAGGCUGUCAUACAAAUAAAUUAUUAGCACAUGCAAAAACGAGAGAGGACCAAUGAAAUAUUAAUAACUGAUUGCGCUGCAAAUCAAUGUAUGUUUUUCCCCCUGUUAGCUUUGUUUUUCUAAAACCUGUAGCUGUAGUUUUUCUUCAGGGGUGUCCAUUACACUCGCGUAUCCCUGGACAAUGCUCCUGUUCUCCGGGCGGAGAUUGCUGUCCUCCUGGUGGAGGAUGCAAUCGAGCCAGUCCCUCCAACCGAUAUGGAGUCAGGGUUCUACAGCCUUCAUUGUACCCAAGAAGGGUGGUGGGUUAAUGCCAAUCCUGGAUCUGCGUGUCCUGAAUCGGUCCCUUCACAGGCUGCUGUUCAAGAUGCUUACACAGAAACACAUUUUCGAAUGCAUCCGUCCCCGGGAUUGGUUUGCAGUGACCGACCUGAAGGACACGUACUUUCAUGUCUCGAUUCUGCCUCGACACUGACCCUUUCUACGGUUUGCGUUCGAGAGUCGGGCAUAUCAGUACAAAGUUCUAACUUCGGGCUGGCCCUGUCGCCUCGUGUCUUUACAAAGGUUGUGGAGGCGGCCAUUGUUCCGCUCAAGGAACAGGGCGUUCGCAUCCUCAACUACCUCGAUGACUUACUCAUCCUGGCCAGCUCACGGGAGCAGUUGUGCGAACACAGGGACAUGGUGUUAGCUCACCUCAGCUGAUUGGGUCUUUGGGUCAACUGGGACAAGAGCAAACUUGCCCUCAGGCAGAGGAUCUCUUAUCCCGGUAUGGAACUGGACUCGGUCGUCUAGACAGCACGCCUCACCGAGGAGCGCGUCCGGUCAGUGUUGAACUGCCUAGGUAAGCUCAAGCGCAGGACAGCGGCCCCACUGAAACUUUUUCAGAGGCUCCUGGGGCAUCCACAGCUGCAGUCACGCCACUUGGAUUGCUUCAUAUGAGGCCGCUUCAGCACUGGCUUAAUGGCCGGGUCCCGUGGCAGCGUGGUACGUUCCGUGUCCCCGUGACACUGAACUCCUGUCGCACCCUCACUCAGUGGUCAGACCCUUCGUUCCUGCGGGCAGGAGUUCCCCUCGAACAAGUGUCCAGGCAUGCUGUGAUAUACACAGAUGCUUCUGCCACCGGGUGGGGAGCCACGUACAACGGGCAUGCAGUAUCAGGUCUGUGGACGGGGCCUCAACUGCAUUGGCAUAUCAAUUGCCUCGAGUUGUUAGCAGUACGUCUUUCACUGGGCCGCUUCAAGGACCUGCUGACAGACAAGCACGUACUGGUCCGCUUAGACAGCACUGCAACCGUUGCGUACAUCAACCAUCACGGUGGUCUACACUCCCGUCGCAUGUCGGAACUCGCCCACCAUCUCUUGCUAUGGAGUCAGAAGCAUCUGAGGUCUCUUCAUGCCAUUCACGUCCCAGGCGUGCUCAACCGUGCCAUUGACGAGCUCUCACGGCAGCCUCCGCUUCCGGGCAAAUGGAGACUCUAUCCCCAGGUGGUCCAGCUGAUUUGGCAGUGUUUUGGGGCCGCACAGAUAAAUCUGUUUGCCUCCCUGGACACAGCCCAUUGCCAGUUGUUUUAUUUCCUGACCGAGGGCACUCUCGGCAUGGAUGCUCUGGCACACAGCUGGCCCCGGGGCCUACGCAAAUAUGCGUUUCCCCCAGUGAGCAGGGAGGACGAGGAGCAGGUCUUGCUAGUGACUCCGUAUUUACCCACUCGGACCUAGUUUUUGGAUCUGACACUCCUCGCGACAGCACCUCCUUGGCCCAUUUCUCUGAGGAAGGACCUUCUGACUGAGAGACGGGGCACCCACUGACACCCACGUCCCAACCUCUGGAAACUCCAUGUCUGGUCCCUGGACGGGACGCAGAGGUUCUAAGUGAUCUCCCCCAGUCGGUUGUAGACACUAUCACUUCUGCUAGAGCUCCUUCUACUAGGAACCUCUAUGCGUUGAAGUGGAACCUGUACGUCGAAUUGUGUUUCUCUCACCGAGAGGACCCCGAUCAUGUCCGGUCAGGUCUGUGCUUUCCUUCCUGCAAGAGGCCUUGGAGCGAAGGCUGUCUCCCUCCACCCUCAAGGUAUAUGUUUCCGCUAUUGGCACACAUCACGAUGCAGUUGAUGGUAACUCUUUGGGGAAGCAUGACCUGAUCGUCAGGUUCCUGAGUGGGGCAAGGAGACUGAAUCCGCCUUGCCCUUCCUCUAUACCCUCUUGGGAUCUUUCCCUGGUACUUACAUCUCUUUGGGGUCAUCCCUUUGAGCCUUUGAAGUCAGUGGAGUUAAAAGCACUGUCACUUAAGACAGUCCUCCUGGUUGCAUUGGCCUCGGUUAAGAGGGUAGGGGACCUGCACGCAUUUUCGGUCGACGAAUCGUGCCCUGGUGCGCACCAAACAAGUGACUGAGACCGCUGAAAAGAUGGGUCUCGGUCUGGUUCCAAACGAACUCUGGUGCAGUUUUAAUGAUAUAUGAAUGCAACACAGACCAAAAACAUGUAAAUAACCAAAAACAGGAAGAUGAUACCCUAAAAAAGACAGAAUCCUCACGCAUACCGGUUUUGCCCAUGACAGGCAUCAGAUGCGCAUCUCCAAACAGCAGAUAAUUUGUGUGUGACGGAUGGAUUCCCAACGUUGUUUUGACUACUUUACACAUUUUAUAAGCUCUUCACGAGUUCCCAGCUGGCCAAAAUACAACGAGUGCAUUUACCUCAGCACACAGCAUUGUUUUGGAUGUUUGGUAAGUUCCGUCUCAAAAUAGGCAAUACGUCAUAAAAUCUGACCAAUCACGUUGUGAAUGUAUCCCUGUGCCUUUAGGUUCGGUAUCUUUUGGUUCAAUGAUAAAAUUGAACGCUAAUCAGACCAGGACUAAAUGUUUUUUUCUUUUCUUUUUUUGUCCGGACCGAACGAACCGAACUACAAGUGUGAACGCACCCUAAGAUAUGAGGAAAACCAUUCCAAGGCUAGACCCUGGAUACCAACUUGGUCUUUAAAGGCAGGAACACACCAAGCCGACGGUCGGCCGACUAAGAUUUCUCAGUGUGUUUCGCACCAUUGGUUGAAGUUGGUCCUUGUCGGCUUUUUUUUUUUUUCGAGUUCAAGUUCGACGGUUUGUUGGACCAUCUGAUCAUUCUGAUUGGCUGUUCAAAUGCUGCCACCUGCUGGUACGGAAAGGCAUUUCAUCUUACAAUUAUUUAUAUACAUGAUCUUGAGAAAAUUACUAGCAGUAUGUGCACCACUUUCACUAGUACAUUAGAUACUGCUGCACCGAUGAGAUUAAAAAAGGUCAGAGAGAAAAAUACUGUACCAUGGUACAACAGUAUUACUCACGCUAUCAAAAGAGAAACUCGUAAUCUAGAACGCAAAUGGAGACAAACUCGUUUAGAGGUCUUCAGAAUCGCGUGGAAAGACAGCACAUCCCGUUAUAGAAAGACUCUAAAAGCAGCCAGGGCCGAGCAUCUCCGCAAACUCAUAGAAAAUAACCAAAACAAUCCAAGGUUCUUAUUUAGUACAGUGGCUAGAUUAACAAAUAAACAGACAUCACCAGAACAAAACAUUUCAUUACAGUUUAGUAGCGAUGACUUUAUGAAAUUCUUUACUGAAAAAAUCGAAAGCAUCAGAAAUACAGUUGUAAAUGUACAACCCUUGACAGAGUUUUAUGAUUCAACCUCAAUUAUCGUCCCUCAAGAACAGUUGCAGUGCUUUACAACUAUAGGAUAGGAAGAGCUAAAUAAACUUAUCACAGCGUCUAAACCAACAACAUGUUUAUUAGAUCCAAUACCCACUAAACUACUGAAAGAAUUGUUACCUGUAGCAGAAGAGCCUCUUCUCAAUAUUAUUAACUCGUCUUUAUCUCUAGGUCAUGUUCCAAGACCGUUCAAGUUAGCAGUUAUUAAGCCUCUCAUUAAGAAACCACAAUUAGAUCCAAAUGUAUUGGCAAAUUACAGACCCAUUUCAAAUCUUUCAUUUAUAUCUAAAAUACUAGAAAAAGUGGUGUCGGUCCAAUUGUGCUCCUUCUUGCAAAAAAAUGCUAUCUAUGAAAAAUUUCAGUCAGGAUUCAGGCCUCAUCAUAGCACAGAAACUGCGCUCGUUAAAAUUACAAAUGACUUACUUCUAGCUUCUGACCAAGGCUGUAUCUCAAUACUAGUGUUACUUGAUCUCAGUGCUGCGUUCGACACUAUAGAUGAUAAAAUACUCCUAGAUCGACUACAGAAUUACACUGGUAUCCAGGGACAGGCAUUACGGUGAUUUAGGUCGUAUCUAUCAGACCGUCACAAUUUUGUUUAUUUAAACGGGGAAAAAUCUAAGAUAACGAUAGUAAAUUAUGGAGUGCCUCAAGGAUCUGUGUUAGGCCCUCUGCUAUUUUCAAUAUACAUGCUGCCACUUGGUAAUAUUAUAAGAAGACAUGGAAUUAGUUUCUACUGCUAUGCCGAUGAUACUCAAUUAUAUAUUUCAACACAACCAGAUGAAAACUCUAAAUUAUCCAAUCUGACAGAGUGUGUUAAAGAAGUAAAACAUUGGAUGACUAGUAAUUUUCUUCUAUUAAAUUCAGAUAAGACUGAAGUAUUACUUAGUGGGCCAAAAACCUGUACACAGAAUCUCUCAGACUACAGUCUGCAUUUAGAAGGAUGUACUGUUACUCCAUCCUCGACAGUUAAAGACCUGGGUGUUAUAUUAGACAGCAACUUGUCCUUUGAAAAUCAUAUUUCAUAUGUUACAAAAACAGCCUUCUUCCACCUCAGAAACAUUGCUAAGAUAAGGAAUAUGUUAUCUGUUUCUGAUGCAGAAAAGUUAGUUCAUGCUUUCAUGACGUCUAGACUAGAUUACUGUAAUGCAUUACUAGCUGGUUGCCCUGCUUCCUCAAUAAACAAGCUACAAUUGGUACAAAAUGCAGCUGCUAGAGUUCUUACCAGGUCAAGAAAAUAUGAUCAUAUAACACCAAUUUUAUCAUCUCUUCACUGGUUACCUAUUAAGUUCCGUAUCGAUUAUAAAGUACUGCUAAUGACCUAUAAGACUCUAAAUGGUUUAGCUCCUGUGUACUUAACCGAUCUUUUAUCGCCCUACAAUCCUUCACGCUCUUUAAGAUCACAAAACUCUGGACUUCUGGUUGUACCUAGGAUAGCUAAGUCCUCUAAAGGAGGGAGAGCGUUUUCACAUUUGGCUCCUAAACUCUGGAAUAGCCUUCCUGAUAAUGUUCGGGGCUCAGACUCGCUCACCCAGUUUAAAUCUAGAUUAAAGACGCAUCUCUUUAGCCAAGCAUUCACAUAAUCCAUCUCAUAUCAGAUCAAUUGCACAUGACUAUCUUUGACUAUCUUUGCUUAAUGUUAUGAACAGCAGCUAUGCUAAUUAUUCUCCAUUUGCUUUUCCGUUUUACCUCGGGACGCCCGUCCCGAAGUGACUAGAGAGUACAUCAGUUUCAGUUUGGAUCCAGCCUCUUAAGAAGACCUCGGAUGACUAAAACUUUGGAAGAGACAGCGGCAACUCCUGCGAUGACUUCAGAAGAAGCAACAUCUGGAUCAACACGCACAUUCGCAAAUUUCUAUAUAUCCUAAUUAUUGUUAAUAUGUAAUUCAUUUUUCCAGGAGCUCUUUGCUUCUACCUUCAAUUAAAUUGCUAACAGUGAUUGUAUAUUAAUUGCCUAAAUUAUUACAUUAUUAGCUAACUGCAUUCUCCAAAUUGUAAUGUUGACAUGCAUUCUCUGUAAAGCUGCUUUGAAAUGAUAUGUAUUGUGAAAAGCGCUAUACAAAUAAAUGUGAAUUGAAUUGAA